AUGGACACAAAUUUGCCACCAACAGCACCACCAGCAUCCGCUUUUGAGCCGCCAAUGAGUCCGCCGUCCAAGCCAUCUAAGGGGGCCCAAAUUAUAGUCCUAAAAAAGGCAGGUGCGGAAUUUGUAGGAACAUUCAUAUUGGUAUUCGCAGCAGCAGCCGGGCCAAUAGUAGACCAAAAAUACAAUGGUGUGGAGACAUUGUUAGGAAAUGCAGCAUGUUCUGGGCUAGCAGUAAUGAUAUUAGUCCUAUCAAUUGGUCACAUUUCCAAAGCCCAUUUAAACCCAGCAGUAACACUAGCAUAUGCGGCCCUAGGACAUUUUCCAUGGGCCCAAGUACCCAUUUUUAUAGUUGCUGAAGUUAGUGGAUCCAUCUUUGCUUCAUUGUUGCUGAAAGCUGCUUACAAUCCUUUCAUGUCUGGUGGUGUUACCAUGCCUUCUGUUAGCGUUAGACAGGCUUUUUUGUUGGAGUUUCUUGCUACUUUUGUCCUUAUGUUUGUCAUUAUUGCCGUCGCUACCGAUUCUACUGCUGUUGGAGAAUUAGCAGGGGUUGCAAUUGGAGGCGCUGUCAUGCUUGACAUACUCAUCGUUGGGCCAGCGACGGGUGCAUCGAUGAAUCCAGCAAGAACACUAGGACCAGCCAUAGCAACGGGAAGGUAUAACGGAAUAUGGAUAUACAUGGUGGCUCCGCCCAUGGGUGCUGUUGUUGGUGCAGCCGUUUAUGCACUCAUUAAGCUUCCUAGCAAAGACGAAGGCGGGGAUUAAAGGCGAAUAUUGCUAGCACAUCUAGUAACAUAAAGAAACUCAAUAAUAAUAAUUAUAGCACGUAGAACAUACGUAUGCAGUAUAUAUUAUUUAUUGGGUCAAGACCUUUAAAAUAUAGUCGGAGAUUAAUCAACAGCAAACAUGUAAAAUCA